AUGAAAAGUUUUGUUCUCCAGGCACAAGUGAUAAAAACUUGGCCAACCUUGUAUCCUUCCUGGAAGAAGGUGACGUGUCAGAGCAGCUGUCGUCUACCUGAUCCUCUUUCCUAUGUCUGGUACCAGAAUGAAGUGAAUAUUGACAAAAAGGAGUCUUCUUUUGAAAAAUACUUUGAUGAUACAGACAGCAUUUCCUGUGCUGUAAAAGGAUACGAGAAGCUUCCCUCUCCUUCAGUGUGUGUUGGUGAUCAAACCUGUAACACAGUGACUUACACCAGCAGAAGCAUCUGUGCCCUCAAAGGUUCAUCAGUGGACAUUUCUUGCAUCUACAGUCAUACACAUCCUGCUGUGUCCAAAUUCUGGUUCAGUCCUGAACGUAGUCAUCAGUGGCAGCAUCGCUCACACCCCGAGGACCUCAGAACAGACUCCCACUAUGCAGGUCGUGUUGAGGUCAUUGAAACAGAGAGAGGACGCUCCACUCUGAAAAUCAGAGACCUGACAGAAAGGGAUUCAGCCGAGUAUCACUUUAAAUUCAAAACACAAAGCUUUGAAUGGAAGAGUAGUUUACCUGGAACAACUCUGAGUGUCACAGCUCUGCAGGUGAAGGUGAGCAGAAUAAUAUCAGUCCAGCAGACUCAGACUGAGGCAGAGCUCAAGUGUCAAAGCAGCUGCAGUCCAGCUGGUCGUCUUUCUUACGUCUGGUUCAGGAACGGACAGAAAAACACGACACAGCAAACUUCUGCCUAUACAGACUACUUUAAUCCUGGAGACAACAUCUCCUGUGCUUUCUCUGGAUACGAGGAUUACCGCUCUCCAUCAGUGUAUCCGUCAAAGCUUCCCUCUGUGUCAGUGAGUCCCUCUGGUGAGAUAGUGGAGGGCAGUUCAGUCACUCUGACCUGUCGUACACAUGCUAAUCCAGCAGCUAAGAACACUUUGUACAAAGGCAACCAAAUCUUGCCUCUAACACCAGAAGGUAUUUAUAAUUUCACCUCCAUCAGCUCUGAGGACAGAGGAAUCUACGACUGCAAGACUGAGGAUCAGCUCUCUGUGUCUUUAUUCAUAGAUGUCCAGUAUGCUCCAAAGAUUCCCUCUGUGUCAGUCAGUCCCUCUGGUGAGUUAGUGGAGGGCAGUUCAGUGACUCUGACCUGUAGCAGUGAUGCUAACCCAGCAGCUAACUACACCUGGUAGAAGGAGGAUGAUAACUCAGCAAAAGCAUCUGGACAGAACUUCAUCAUCACUGACUUCAGACCUGAACACAGUGGGAGUUAUUACUGUGAAGCCCAGAACACAAGAGGACGUCGCAGCUCCACCUCCCAUCAUCUCACUGUUGUGACAGGCUCAUGGGAACUUCCUGUAAUCCUCUCAGUCUCUGUUACUGCUCUGGUCAUCAUACUCCUCUUUCUCCUGCUCUGGAUUAGAAGAUCAUUGAAACACCAAUCAGAGGCUGCAGAGAGGCCAGACAACGGAGCACAGGUGACUGAUGAGACUUCAGAUAUUCCAACGGAUGAAAUUCAAUAUGCUGCUGUACAAUUUAGUACAAACCGGCCAGACUUUGCUAACUCCAACUCCAGCUCAGCUCAGCGUGACAGAUACCAGGAAGAGAGUGUUACAUACUCCACCAUGAAUGUCAGAAGUGCUAGAAGAUCAAAACACCAAGCUGCUGUGGAGGAUGCCUCUGCACUGUACAGCACCGUUAACAAACAUCCCAGAGUGUGAACACAGCCUGGAGCUGCUGUGUGUUUCAUCAGGCUCCUCUGUUUCUGGGGGUAAUAAGUGACUUGCCAUGAAUAUAAAUCAUCAACACAAACCUCCAAAAGGACCAUAAAGUACAACCAGCAUCUCUUAAAUCUAAUGUGAACAAACUUCUCAUUUUAUGUUUGUGUAUUUUUAUUUCUUCGUCAUCACAGCUCAUAACCGAGUACUUUGCUGUAUGUAUGAUCAAUUUUGAAAUGUCUCUUUCUGUUGUUUUAUCUCACCAGUAGUUAGUAGGAACAAAGAUGUUAUUUCCCACACUAACUGUAUCACAGUUUAGGUUAACUGUUGUUUAAAUAUCUUGUUUAAAGUUCAAAGAGACAGAUUAGUGAUCUCUGGUGCCACCUUCUGACAAAAAUACUUUGUGCUCAACAAAAAAGGUAAAGUUGUAGCUGUCUCAGUUUUUCCAGAUAAUAAAGAAAUGGUAAUUUAUUUAAUUGGUACUUUAUUGCCCAACCUGUCCUCUAUUUAUAAAAUUUCUGUUUACAGUAAUGUUGGCAAAAAAUUGCUUUUUUUAUGAACCCAUUGUAAAGGCUUUAUUUUUUAUGGUCAGGAAUUUUUUCUAUUAUUUAAUAUUUUAUAUAUUAUUUAAUAACUACUUAGUUGUAGUAUGAAUAGUAAUGAAGUGGCAUUUAUCAAUAAGGAAAAAAGAGGGCAUGUCAUGAUGUGCAUGAAUAGUUGUUGCAGUUCAUGUGGAAGCCAGAGGGGGGAGGUGUUAUGCAAAUAAUAAAAGUUAUGGCAGAAACCUGAGAACACGGGGUCACGUCUGCUCCAUAAAGCCAUAUUGUAACAUCAGUAAAGAGUGACUUGCACUUUUGGCCCAUGUGUAAUAAACCAAAUGCUGGGGUUGUUGAUUUUGCACUUUAGGGAAACACACAAGCAAAUGACCAACGACUCUCAGAAUUGCUGCUUCCAACAGGUUUUACUGGCAGCAAGGACUGAACCAUGCAAAUUCUUUGCCUCCUGAGUUACACAAUCAGAGUUGGAAUAUCCCAGUGCAUGUGUAUGCACAAUGGACACUACAUGGUCUUGUUUUUAUUAGCCCUAAAUGCAGCAGUGACCUGCUUUCAAUAAGUUACAGGGUCGGUUUCCUUUUCAUCAAGUCUUCUUACAAGUACGUCAGAAUUAUCUCCUCUCAUGCAGACAUACGUUGAGCAAUGGUUUAACACAAUUUUCCACAAACCAUAAAGGGAAGCUGGAUUUAAACUGAACAUAGUCGUGUUGGAUGCAAGUUAAGGAAAUACAAGUAUUAAGUGUGACUGUGGAGGACAUCUCCAUCAAUGUUCACAAUUACCAAAGUGAAUGACUACAGGCAUUUCUCUCAGUCACCUGAUUGUUUGGUGCAGAGAUGUCAAACCAACCAAAAGUAAGCACAAAGCCCUUCACACCAGCUUCUUUUUCUCUCCUCUUUGGAUAGCUUCCCCAGCAGCAUAGGCUCCUUGAUGGAAAUAUUUUUGGCAU